CACAAACUCAGAGCGACUCUGGUGAACCGAGGAGCCGGCUUCAUACUGCCCUCGCCCGAGGACCUUUUGGAUCCCAACACUGGAUUGUGUGCGUGCGUGUUCACACAACUCACCUCUCUCAUGACGGUAGCGCUGGUCUGAUUUCCGGAAGUCGAGGAAAAUACGGUGCUCUAGUCGGGGUGGAUCACUGACCCCUUUAUCUUGCCUGCGGAGAUAAGAUGGAGGUCCUGCACCCUCACUGCCUUAAAUGCAUCAAUAGAAGAUGCAUGGUGAGGCCAGAGGCUGAUGUUUCCUGCGACCUCAUUGGCUGUCCCCUUGUCUGCGGUGCAGUUUUUCAUUCCUGCAAGUUAGAGGAGCAUCGGCUGUUGUGUCCCUACGAGCGGCUGCCAUGUCUUAACCGCGGCUUCGGCUGUCCCUUCACCAUUGCCCGGGUCAAGAUGGCUCAGCACCUGGAGUCCUGCCCCGCUAGUAUAGUUUGUUGCACAAUGGAGUGGAACCGCUGGCCGGUUAGCUAUGCUGAUCGUAAGUCGUACGAGAACCUGAGCAAAGACUUUGAGGUGGAGCAGCUGGACAUGGCUUUGGCCCUGCAGGACCAGAGGAUGUUGCUGGAGUCUUUGAAAGUCACUACAAACGUGUCCAAAAAUGGAGAUAAGGAAGCGGAUGAGAAAAUGGCCUCCGGAGGAGGAGAGGUGGUGUUGGGUAACGGAUCCAUGGAGAUGGAAGAUGAGCCUUAUAAUGAACUGUACAGAGCUUCGGUGGAGACCAGCAGGAGUCUGGCAGCAGCUUUAGACAUCCUCACUAACUCUAAGGACAUCGAUGUGAUUGUGGGGAGCAUGAAUAGAGACAAGUCUGAGAAGAAUGGAGCCCUGCACAGCGGGGAAAACGGACACUCUGAUUUAGCGGCAGAAAAGAAUGUGGACAUGCAGGGCAGUGACUCGGACUCGGAGUGCGAGCUAGGCGCGGUGGGAGGCGUCGACUGCGCGGUUGGACCGGAAGGUGACGAGUGCGUCGACUGGGUGGAGGAGAAUGAGUUGGUGGAGCUGUUUUUCAAAGAGGAAGACCUCAUCGAUGAGCAGGUGGACGACAGCAACCCAGUUUGGCCAGAGAUGCUGCCGGACUACAUGCCUGUCGAGGUGUUGGCGCCGCCUGUGGUUCCACAAGCAGCACCGGUGCCCUUGCUGCUCUCGGAUCAUGUGAGGAACAGCUUCUUACAACAUUUGCCCAGCGAACUGCGAUAUCGGUGUUUGGAGCGCAAGCUGCAGAGCGUGGAGGUGCUGCGAGGGAUCAGUAUGUUUACAUUUAACGGGCGCCGGGCUCUACUGUCUGACCCGUACCUUUUCCGGGCCAAGAUGGAGGACAAAGCGGUGGACACAUCUGACCUGGAGGUGCCUGACGACCCCAUGGGCCUUCAUGGUAUCGACCUCAUUACAGCAGCCUUGCUCUUCUGCCUUGGCGACUCCCCGGGGGGGCGUGGCAUCUCGGACAGCAGGUUUGUAGAUGGCUAUCAUAUAGAUUUCGGUACGCAGACGUUCUCAUUCCCCUCUGCCAUUCUGGCCACCAACACCAUGGUGGGGGACAUUGCCUCCGCCUCUGCCUGUGACCACGCCAGCCCCCAGCUCUCCAACCCCAGCCCCUUCCACACCCUCAGGCUGGACCUGGUGCUGGAGUGUGUGGCACGCUACCAAACCAAGCAACGCUCCAUGUUCACUUUUGUGUGCGGGCAGCUGUUCCGGCGAGACGAGUUCUCGUCACAUUUCAAGAAUGUGCACGGAGACAUUCACGCCGGUCUCAACGGCUGGAUGGAGCAACGCUGCCCCCUGGCUUACUACGGCUGCACAUACUCGCAGAGACGCUUCUGUCCGUCUGUCCAGGGCUUCCGGAUCAUUCAUGACCGCCAUCUUGGUUCAUUCGGCGUCCAGCCUGGUCUCCCGCUGAAAACUGGAGACGGCCAUGUUAGAAACAAGCAUCACAUCGCAGCUCAGGCUGACCAGUUCAGCAACCUACCAUUUGAGGUGCUGCAGCACGUGGCUAGCUUCCUGGACAGCUUCAGCUUGUGUCAGUUGUCCCGAGUGUCCCGCACCAUGAGGGACGUGUGUGCCAGCCUGCUCCAGAUGCGUGGGAUGGUCGUGCUGCUGUGGGAGAAGAAGCGGCGCGCGGAUGGUUCCACCACCUGGCAGAUGACAGAUAAGGUGUGGAGAUUCAGCACGGCCUUCGGGACGGUCAACGAGUGGAAGUUCGCCAACAUCGCCAGCAUGGCCGACCACCUCAAGAAGUGCAAGUUCAACACCAUCGCUCGCCGAGAGGAAGCCAUCCCACUGCCCUGCAUGUGCUUCACCCGCGAGCUGACGAAGGAGGGCAGGUGUUUACGCUCGGUGCUGAAACCUGUCGCCUGAAGCGUCACCCUCGAUUUUACACUUGCUGCUCGCCGUCAAACUCCACUCAGUCAGGUCGAGAAGGAUUUUCUGACCCUCCGCAUGUUCGCACAACCACACACAACCUUUUUUCAUGUCGGUGCAUCAGCCUUGCCUUACAACCCGCUCAACAGGAACCUGUUUAGGCCUCUGAUCUUCAGUGACAGGGAUUCAUCCCUGAGUCACUAUGGUUCAGUAUUCCACUGAAUAAAAUAGAGGGUUGUGAUACCAGUUAGAGUCUGGUACCGUUAAAGCGGGACUAACCAAACUGCUCCAGUAGGGGCAGCUGUGGGAGCGUCUGUCUCAACCAGACGGCACACACAGGUGUCAGCACCUGAGUCUUCUGACUCCCUCCACGUCAGCCCCUCUUGCGACCCUUUCUGGAACAGUUUGGUUACCGCUGCUUUGUUAAUGGUAAGACGACGCAGACCCCAGGAGGACACGGCAAAUUUGGAACCCAAACCUGGAACCCCUGAAACAAAAGGAGCCCCAGCUUCAAUUGACCUAUUUUCAGCUGAAAAUAAUCAGUCUCUUGUAACUUGCUGAACCUUUUGAUCAGACUUGAUCACAGACACCUUCGAGGAAUUCCUUCGAGAGAGUCGAGAUGUUGGUUGUUUGUUGACACGACUUCAUUUACUCCAAGCAGGUUGACCUUGCUCCUUUGGUGUCCAGAACUGUAGCUGCUUCAAACUUGUUUGUACCGAAUCUUGCCGGGUCUGGACCUUCUUCACUGUGGUCUUGACAGUCCUAGCGGUAGCAUGAACAUGACUGUGGUCACUGUUAAGUCGCACACAGAACCAGCAGUUCCAUCCUGGGUCCAAAUGUAGCAACUCGCGACCACUAUGGGGCGCUGCUUUCCGUGUCCUGCCUCAAACCCUGCAGGACAGGCGUUUAAACAGAGAAGCGAUGUGUAGCGUUUGACUGUUGGUUCUGUUGGAGCCGAGUUCUCCUUCGAGCGGGUCAGUUUGUGUGUGGAUUCAGUGGUUCGAGGAGGGGCCAUCACAACCUGAUAGUUCGGUGUUUGCUGCGUCUCCCAGCGGAGGCCCCUCCACUUUGACCACUCUGUCAUGUCUGACGUCAUGCCUUUGGAUUGACAGUGUUCUGUCUGGUUUCUCUGUGAUAUGAGCGCCUUCACCUGGGACUGCUGGGAACCGCUCCAGUGUUUUGUUGCUGAAUCUGGACUCUACUGAACUCUACUGACCCCUCAUGGCCAUUCACCGCUGCUCCAUUUGUUGAUUAUCGGCGCUCAUCCAUCACUAAAGCGACCUUAGUGUGUUGAGAUUGUGUUUCAAAGUGUGGCACCAAUGUCUUUCUGACCUGUUGCUGCUGCCCAUGUAUCAACAAGCCCGAGCCCGUUCGUCUUUGGAACCGUGCAGUAUUGGACUCCUUGGCUCAUGAACAAGAGGGGCGUGGCUGUGUUCACAGCGCCAGCAUCCCAGACUCUCCCACUGGUGCCUUCUUUGACCUCUUUGAGUUGAUGACCGUUUCAAAAUCAUACUCAGCCACUUUGAUCUUACACAGUCCGGAUGAUGGGCAGCAGACGGAACAUCCAACUCCAGCCUUGUUUGUCAUGGAUCCUCUGUCUCAGCACGGUUGUUAUUCCUGCGGGAAAUAAAGCCACUCGGAACAGAGAUGAGCAAGGGGUGGAGUGCACCUUCAUGUUUAUGGACCGGCCGUGUUCUGGUUCUGUUUUACUUCACACUUUUGUACUGCUGCGUUCAGAUGGAACGUCUGCCUGUUGGACUUGUAUUUGAGUAUUUGAUUUGCACACUGAUGGCGUGUACUGUAAGAGAAGUGCUGCGGCUCUCCUCAGCACCUGCAUGUGUUCUGGGCUCUCCCAGCAGCCGUUUACUGUGGUUCAUGUCUCAGGCACACGUCUGCGCUCUUCUCAUCACAAGCAGACUUGUUUUAUUUUAUCUUUUGAACAUCCAGACUCCGUGUCCGAGUUUCUGUCACUCCAGUGUUUGUCACCUGAUGUUUGACUUUUGUAAUAAACAGGC